AACAGUUUUUACAAAGGAGAUAAAUAAGCAUAACAAUGGGCAUACUUAAUCUAGAAAUUUCCCGUUCUGUCCCGUGAUUGAGCAAUUUUUACUGAACAGGAACGGCACAGUUUGACUAGAGGGUUUCAUGCAGGAAGAGGGAUAUGCAUGAUAAAUUGGUCUAAACUUCAGUCCGAUUUACAUGGGGCUAAAGAAACUAACAGGGACGAUGCAACAGUUUUUAGGUUUCGUUCAAGUUCUGCAGGAGGGAAGGACAUAAGUACAAGAAGUGUUCCAAGAAGUACUCUGUCUUCCACCAUGCUGGACCGUACGGAGAGUGAAACAGUUUGACUCUACCAAGUAUGAAAAUUACCGAACCAACCUUUAAACUGGACAGUAAUGACCAGAGGCUAGUUGCUCUCGUUGACCAGCUGUGAGUUUGUGCCCAGCACAGGCCAACUACAAGAAAACCACACCCAGAGCUUCAUGACUGCUCACAGAUAACUGGACAACUUGGUUUGCUACGCGGUGCAUGUUGCCUUUGAGACAGGCGUGGUUGGAUUGUGUUUGAUGAUUCCAUAAUUGGUCUGGUGUGGAGAGACGGAAGAAGUCGGGCAUAGCCAGGGCUAAAACGACCAUGGGAAGUUGGCGGCAAAAAGGCUCUAGACCGAUAGAGAACAAUCGGCAAAGACCAAGCUAGAAUGGGACAAGUGCUUGGAAGUGAUCUCAGAUAUUGCCAGCAGCAGCUUAAUCAGCACUACAAGGCUACAACAAGCACCAUCCCUGCACACCCCUUGGAUCCUUCCAGAAGAGUCGAUAUCAACGAGUUCUUUUUUGAGUUACAACUCGCUCAACGAGGGAAACAAACUACCCAAGAACACGUGUCCUUACCCAGGGAGGAACGGAUAGUAGAUAAACCUGAAAACAUUUCCUUAAGUUCAUGGGAAGAUUUCUUCAGAAUCCGAAAAGUGGGUGGCAUUAAAGCUAUUCUUUCAGGCGGGGCAGGAUUUGGCAAGUCGACUCUUUUGUUGAGAGUUGCAAAUGCUAGCACUAAAUUUUCUCUAACUUCAUGCCUUAGAAAGUUCAAGCUAGUGUUUUUGGUGAAGCUGAAGCAAAUGCGGAACUCAAGUUGUGUCAUAGAUGCCAUAUUUGAACAAAUCUUCCCAAUAAACAUCCGACUAACUAAGCCCCAGCUGAAAGAGCUCAUUGCAGAUAACGAAGCAAACACAUUGUUCUUAUUGGACGGUUUAGAUGAGAUUCCACUUGAUGUUCUCAAUUCCCAAGAAGGUGUGUACAGAGUCCAGGAUAUCUUGCAUGGCAGGGUAUUGCCAAAAAGUUUUGUCUUAGUCACAACACGGCCACAUAUGGUGGAGUAUAUCACCAAGGGCUACCCACACUACGCCCACGUUCAAACAUUGGGGUUCACAACCGAAACCACAAACAAAUACAUCCUGACGCAUUUUGCUGAAAACAUCAACUCGGCAGAAAAACUGAUAUCAAACCUGAAAUCCAACACAUCUCUACAGACAAUGGCACAGGUUCCAAUCAUUACUCUCUUGCUGUGCAUAGUUUGGGAAAAUCUAUCGAAAUUGCCAGAGAGAUUAACAGCGCUUUAUACAGAGUUUGCUGAGGUUCUUGUCGGUCGUCGGUGUAAUGAAGGCGAGGACAAGGUGAGGCUGAUGAAUUCAGUCCUACGUGGACUGGGGCGAGUCGCUCUGGACGGGUUACUAGACCCCAAGGGGGAAAGGCUGGUGUUCUCCUCUGACGAAUUUGACAAGAAGGACUUGGAGGACGGGUGUCGGUUAGGUUUCCUGCAACAAGAAAGUUGCACCAGUGGUCUGGCGUUGAUGCAAAUUGUUACCUUCAUACACAAGUCCGUCCAAGAAUACUGUGCAGCAUACUUCUUUGCCAAUUUGCAUCACGCAGACGAAGAGAUGUUUCAUGAGAAGUUGCAGCAGAUUCAUCCAGGUAAUGUCCAUGCAAUGGAAUAUCUGCUUCGGUUCACGUGCGGUAUAUCGUCGAGGUCUCCAGCAACCGGACUCAUCCUGGAACACGUGCAAAAGCAACAUCCUGUCCUCUAUUUGAAGCGUUUUGUCCGUUUGUUGUUUUUUGAGUCAAAUUCUCAUGAAAUAGCUGCUAGGAUAGACAGGUCAACCCAUGUGAAAUGCGACAGUCAGGAGGAUCUGAUAGCACUGCGAUAUUUCUUACAUAAUGUCCCACUUCCACUAGACGACACGGAGUUUGAAUUCGGCUGUCGAUCAUAUGAAGUGUUGACGUUGUUGAGGGAUGUUCUGCUGGAUGGCAACAUAAAGCCAGCCACCAAUCAGGAUUCAGCUGGGUUCAUAAAGGUCAGGUACAACAUGUCUGCACGAGGGAAUGAGGAGCUGCUUGAGUUGGAGGAAACACUUGAGAGGAUGGAUGAGGCACUCCGUGAUCGACUCAGGCUAUCACUGCACAUUGGUCCGAAUUCGAGGCUUGAUGAUCGAUGUGGGCGCCUGCCUUGUAUAUCCAAUCAGGUUGAGUACGUCCAUCUGAUUGGCUGGCCACAUGGCAUCGUAACACUAACGAAUGCACUUGAGGGGUGCAAUAUAUUGCAGACGGUCAUCUUACUUGGUGUCAACCUGAGAGGUCGAGUGUGCAGGAUUGCUCCUCUUGUUCCUCCAUCCCUUCAAGAUUUGAUGAUCCUGUGCUGUUAUAUGAAUGAUGAUGACGUCAAAGUUCUGAUCAGCAUCCUUCCCGCUGGGCAUGGUUUGAUAAAGCUUUGUGUUUCUUUGUCAUCGUGCACUCUGAAAGGAGUGCGGAAUCUCACUGCUCAUCUCCGGGGUCUUCCUAACCUUCAGGUCUUGGAUAUUGAUACUUGCUCUCAGAUCGAUAGACAUCUUGUCAAGGAGGUGGUUAAGCAAGACCUCCCCAACGUCAUUUUCGUGUAAUAUACAUGUAACAGAAGGACGAAGACGUGUGCUGAUAAAGUUAAAAGAAACAGCACGCAUCAGAUGAUUUCGCACAUAUUCAAUACUGUUCAUCAUUAACUUCCUACAGUCGAGGGGACGGAUUUUGCCACUAUAUCAGAUCUCAGAAACAGAUUUUGUUCAUUUUGUCAUGCAUACCAAACCAUCCAUACUCUGCAUAAAGUUUUAGUCCAAUCAAGUUGAGCAUUUUCUUUCAUCGGUGUCACGCGUGAGCACUUUUCUCAUGUGCACGCUCAAUCCACCCUGCGGGCGACUUGUACAAGAUAUCGCGAGAACGUCCGAAAGACAUUCUCCGAAAAAAAUGUAUUCAUAAAUAAUGAAAAAGAGAGAAAAAUUCGUGGCUGUGAUAUCGAUCGGGGGAGGGGAGUUACGUAUGUUUGAGCUCCAGUCCGUUUAGCCAUAUUGUUAAGAUAAAGAGAAGCUAAAUCACAUAUCCACGCGCAUUAUACAUUGUUGUGUUCAUAGUCUCCGGUCAGUUUGCCUUCCAGUCUUCACAGAUCUUGAGAUUGAGAUUGUUCGCUUCGCAUUUGCAUUCGCAGGAAGUUUGAACCGGGCUUUAUUAGUCGUAACACAUCCUAUCAUGAAUGGGUUCUCAAAACUACAACAUGUCUAUUUGAUAGAUACACAUAAUUUCUUACACAUAUUUUGAGUAGGCUAUAUCUGCCAUACGGUGUGGUUCGUAUCCAUCAAAUGAUUCGAGGGGUAUAGCCGGCCUUGAAUAGAUGUCCUUGACUCUCAUGUUAGUCAUGUUUGGUUUUGGUUAUGGCCAUUUCAACUUGAGUUCACUUUGCCGCAAUUCCUGAGAAGAACAGCACAUUCCGUUUACUGUGACGACACACGUACAACAGUGCACAGACAAUAGCAGUAUGUACAACAUGUAGUAGAAAUUUGACUAUGUAUAUAUGUAUAUAUAAGACCGAUUUAUUACUUUGAGGUUAUACAUGUAAAAUCAUUGUCAGAAAUGUUAGUCAUGCCAGCCUGGUGAAGAUCCUUUUCAAAACGCUGUCAACUUUUAGGCAACUUUUUUAAAUUGCAUCAUGGAGAAAUAUUUUGUUUGGUAAUGCUCCAUUGUAACCUGAAAUUCUAUCAAAUAAGGCAAAUAUUUCGGUGUCUUAUACUUUGGACUCUUAUGAAAUCCGGUUUCUUUUAACCUUAUGGAUUCUAUAGCCCCCACACGUGACCUGUCACUGUUCUAAUUAUGUCCACUGAGGCAUGCGCAAUACAACCAAAGAAUCCGUAUUUCAUAGAGUCAAAGUUUCACAGACUCGGCCAGCUUUUUCCUUAAAUCCAUUACGAACCACAAAAAGGGAUUUUCCUCUUUUUUCGGCGGGGAGGUGUUGGAUUACUUGUCCUCACAAUCGGUCAGAGUUUAUACAUCUAAGAAUUAGUGUUUUUUUCACCAAAAUGGCGUUUAAGAGGCAACUACGAACACUUAAGACUUUAUGUAAACAUAAGAGAACAAUUUAUUUCACCCUGAAAAUGACAGUCGAUGAACAUCAGGAUUUUUUUUGUAAUUGUGGAUCCUUUUUUCUUCAUAAUUUCAGCCUAUUUACGGGAUUGCGUUGUUUUAGAAAAAUCAUAUCAUGCCUGUGUUACUUUACCCAGAGUCUGUUUUUGUGUGUUGUUUUUGUAUAUUUUUCUAUAGAACAUUAAUGUGCUGAUGGUUUGAUUGUUCGUCCAUGUGUGGAUGUAGAGGUCUUGUAUUAAGUAUUCAAUGCAUCAAUAUAAUUGUUAAUUUUGUGUUGACAUGUAUUUUAUGCAAAUUCAAAGCUUUCCGACACGAGACAAAACUGGAGAGGGGAGGUCGAAUACAGCAUAACAAACUGGAAAAAAAUGUUGCAACCUGACGCCACUUGUUUCUUUAUAUAAAUCUCAAUGAAGGUCAUUCAUUGCAAAAAUGAUGACAUAAAUCUGGGGAAGAGAAACAUUUCCAAUUUUGUUAGGAAAUACUUUCCACGUUAGGAAAUACUUUCAAAUAUCUCCAUAGACUCUGUACACAAUCGCGGAAGUGGCGUCAGGUUGCAACGGUUUUUUUCCCGACUGAAUAUUAUUGUUAAACGAGUUGAUCGCAAGAAACUUACCGAUCAAUACUUCUCAGAUGAUAUUCCGAUGUUAUGUAUUUUCCAAACGAAGCAAUUCCCUGCGAAUAGGUGAGAGAUUUCGAUGUGUACUCCAAAACACAAGGUCAUCAGCUUCAAUUAAUGGUCUUCUUUUGAGUGGGCGAUUGCAAUGAGGUUCCACAAAAUGAGCUGCUCGCCAAACUUCCUUGUGGUCGGUGUUUAACAAUCCUCAAUCCCGUCCGAUCACAUCAAUGGCAUUGUUUUUAAUCCAGCAUAUUCCUUAGCUGUAACACUAAAAUACAUGUUUGUAUAUUUACUCCAUUUUGAUUUGAGCGGUACAUGUAUUAAGAAGAGAGUCUGUAUGCACUGCAACCCACCUAUGUGAUUGUGGGUGUGGGCCUCUCCACGUAUUUCUAGUAGUGAUGAGUGGAAUUAAAGUUGUGCAGCCAUGCGAAGGGUUAAAAAAUAAGAUCCGGUAACGGUACAGUUAUGCGCACAAUUAAUAAGGGCCAGGAGUAAUGCCUUUAGCCAUUACUGAACAAUGGAUCGAAUUCACAUCAUUCCUCGAAGCAUUAAUAAGAAUCAACACUUUUUGUUCCUUGUACAUAUGCACACUGAAGUCGGAGAAACGACUCAAAAGGUGGAGAUUCUCUGAGUCAAUUCCAAUCAAAGAAUCUCCACGUUUUGGGCGUUUCUCCGACUUAUUGCAAAAAGACAUGCGUAGUUGGAAAAAGGGGGCGGGGCUAGUUGCUAGGCUCCAUUGUCUUUAUUGUUUCAAUUAAUUAACCUUCAGAAAAUUAUUAUUAGGUCAAUCAUGGGCACAGCUUAUCCUCUGUGAUGUGUUUUUCAUGAAACAAAUUUGUGAUACUGAUGGAGGUACAUUAAUAUUCUGUACACGUCUGAAAUAUGAGGGAAUAUCGUUUAAAACAAACAAUACACUGUGAUUAAUCCACAUGUUCAGCAUUAAUAUCAUGUUCAAAUUUCAAACCUACUAGCCUCUCUCCAUAACUAACACAGGAUUAGAAAAAACAGUCACAGAAAACAGUUGUUACAUUCAAUAUAUAUCUUUAUUUUAUAAUGAAAUACUGGGGCCAAAAAAACCCCCAAAAACAACACGACUACACCCUGGCCUUUGCCUACCUUUACAAUAAACUGUUUUAUACGAUAAACUAAACGAAAACCUAAAUGAAAAAGGAACAAAACACUUGCGACGUUUAGUAAAAUGGUAGGCAUCACUGAUUGUUGUUAUAUUUUUACUAAGUUUAUCGCUAGGUUCUUGAUACAGCAUAAUUUGAAGCCUCAUUUUGAUACAAAAAAAGUCUUCAACAAUUGUCGAGGCCUUUUUUUUUCUUGGGAUUCAGUUUACUUUCUCUAUGUUUCUGUCAGUUUGAAAACUGCAAUCCAUAAAAACUCAAGAUUUGCUACAUUCUGUGUGAUACUGUUUCACUUUUAACCACAAGAAAAAGAUGUUUAACUUAAAAACCAAAAAAGUCAAAAAAAUGUUUAAACCUGAUUGGAGAUAUUGAUACUAUGCUAAACACUCACCACACACAGACAAUUGUCACGUCAUAAUUUUCAAAAUAAGUAAUACAAAUUGUGUUAAAUUUAACUUCUGUUUUUCGCAGAGUAAAUUUGACGUCUUUCUCUUUAAUGCACACUAAUUUCAGUUUUAUAGCCAGCACUGAAAGGGAACAUUUUCCCCAGAGUGAAAAGCUUAUCCAUUAAUAAAAGUUCAAAUGUAGUACUUGUUGCAACAUAAUAUAUUUUUUUUGUAAGUUUUGUUCCAUUUCGUCAACUGUACAGUUAUAAAUAUAUUGUAGUAUUAUUGAUAUUGCAUUAUAUGUAAUCGUCUUUUCAUGGGAUUAAAAUCUGGCUUGAUGAGAUAAAGGGUUUCUACAUUUCAUUAUAUUCCCCAAAAUUUUGCAUUUGUCUGCGCGUAAAAUAAGUUAUGAUUUCAAGACAAAGGAUGCAUCCAAAAAGUUAAUUA